AUGUUUUCUCGGAUCGCAACAUCUACAGCAAAGCGUUCAGUACGUCAAUUUGCUAAACCAACUGUUCAGGCUAGAUUUGCUUCAACCAAGCCUUCAGUAAAUCAACAUCCUUUACAGUUCGGUUUAGUAACAGGAGGUAUUGUGGGUCUCACAGCUGCUGCCUAUAUGUAUACAGAAGCCUCCGCGAAUAUGGCUGAUGAAGGUCUUCAUGCCCCUCAUUAUCCUUGGCCUCAUAGUGGUCCUCUUUCUACCUAUGAUCACGCCUCUAUCCGUCGUGGUUAUCAAGUUUACAGAGAAGUUUGUUCAGCUUGUCACUCACUUGACCGUAUUGCUUGGAGAAACUUGAUUGGCGUUUCUCACACUGAAGAAGAAGUGAAAGCUAUGGCCGAAGAAUUUGAAUAUCAAGAUGGACCCGAUGAAAAUGGCGAAAUGUUUAUGAGACCUGGCAAGCCUUCAGACUAUAUGCCCAAGCCCUAUCCCAAUGAAGAAGCUGCUCGUGCUGGUAAUGCUGGUGCUUUGCCUCCAGAUCUCUCCUUGAUCACCAAAGCUCGUCAUGGUGGAGAGGACUAUGUGUUUGCUCUUCUCACAGGUUAUGUUGAUCCUCCAGGAGGUGUUGAAGUCCGUGAAGGUUUGAACUAUAACCCCUACUUCCCUGGUGGUGCCAUUGCUAUGGCCCGUACACUUUUCGAUGGUGUUGUUGAAUAUGAAGAUGGUACACCCGCUACCACUUCUCAGAUGGCUAAGGAUGUGUGUACUUUCCUUGCUUGGUCCGCUGAGCCUGAGCAUGAUGAACGUAAAAAGAUGGGUAUGAAGGCUGUCAUCAUCUUGACAGGUUUAACAGCUUUAUCUAUCUAUCUCAAGAGAUUCAAGUGGGCUCCUCUUAAAUCUAGAAAGAUUGUAUACAACCCUCCCAGAGACAUCAAAUAA